GGACCGUGUAACCUCUCUUACUAGAACGAACACAAUCAACUUUUGACGCGAAUGAAAGCUGGCAACGCAGCGGUGCUGACAAACUUGUUUCGUUUCUUUAGAAAUUUUGAUGCAGGCGACGGUGCAUGUGGCCACGGCUGCUGUUGACUGUGAGCAUCAAGAAGUUGCUAUGCAAUACGGUUUGUCAGUAGAAGGCUGCCUCUCCUUUAAAAUACAGUGCUACUACAAGGUAGUUGGCGGUGGAGAAGCUUGACUCCGCACCAAAAAAAAUUCGCAGUUUCUUUCGCCGUCAGAAGUGUGAAUAAAUACGUGUAUCUUUGGAUCGGGAUUCUUGAGAAAUGGUAGCAAUGGAAUCUGUGCAGACUGUCGUGCAAGUGCCUCUCAAACGUCUAUGGGCAGCAAUGAAAGACAGCAGCGUGCUGCUGCCAAAGGUGAUGCCGGAGGUCUUCGCUACAGUCGAAAGCCUGGAGGGGGACGGGUCGGCAGGCAGCGUAAGGAUCCUCAACUUUGGACCAGCCGUGCCAAUGGUGAAGUUUAUCAAGGAGAGAGUGGAGUCCGUGGACGAGGCAAACUACACCACGGUCACCUCCGUCAUCGAUGGAGGAUUCAUCGGCAUCGUUUUCAGCCUGUACCGCGUCACAGUCUCGUAUGAACCGAGCGGCGAUGGCUCCAGCACGACCAUCACCUGGAGGCUCGAGUACGAGCCCCUUGUGGAGAGCCCGUCCUUGGAGGAGUCGAAGAUGGGAGCGCUGGGGACAUUCCACGCGAUCGAGGCAUACUUGCUGUCACACAAUGAGGAAUACAACAGUGGCGUGGAGGAGGCUCAGUUCGGCGAGACGACACAGCUCCACGCAUGAAAGAUGCGAGUGUGCUCAGAGGGCUUGGAGCUUCGCGAAAAUGAAAGAAACUCUAUUACUGUGAGUAAGGACGUUUGUUUUCGUUUUUUUUUUUCCAAGGAUUAGUUGAUACGCAUUCACAGGUAAGCUUGUAUGAUGACACCAAAAUGAUGUCAUUGUGGUACCCUCUAGAGCAUGACAAGAAUGAUAUCUCCUCUCUGCGUGAGAAUAUAUUCUGGUAGCUUUUGCUCUUUUAUCUUCUA